GAAGUAAUGAAGCCUUUAAUUGAUGAACAAAAUUCAGAUGGCAUCUCAGAUGAGGAGCACGAAAAUAAUUUCCUGGCAGUUGAGAAGCAUUACCAGCUCGAUAAUGAAGAAGGCAUUACCUUUAUUCAAACACUUACACACCUCCUCAAGGGAAACAUUGGAACUGGGCUUCUUAGUCUUCCACUUGCAAUAAAAAAUGCUGGCAUUGUGGUUGGACCGAUCAGCCUUGUGUUCAUAGGAGUUAUAUCUGUUCAUUGUAUGCACAUCUUGGUACGUUGCAGCCACUGUCUAUGUCAGAGGAUGAAAAAAUCCUCACUAGGGUACAGUGAUACAGUUAGUUACGCCAUGGAAGUGGGGCCCCUGACUGCUCUUCAGAAACGAGCUUCUUGGGGACGGUAUAUUGUAGACUUUUUCCUAGUAAUAACACAGCUGGGAUUUUGUAGUGUUUAUGUUGUGUUCUUGGCAGAAAAUGUGAAACAAGUAAGUAAUGUUACUGUAUAGAAAGUUAUGGUUUUAGAUUCAUUUUUCCUCACUUUUAUUUCCU